CGAGCGGGAAAAGCGUCCAGCAGCUCGCGACCUGAAGUACUCCAGUAGUCCUGUGUUUGGCGGGCUUGUUCUCCUGUGUGUCCGGGAAUGAGAAGAGAUGGCCGGGUCUGCAGCAGAAGAAAAAACCUUCCGGAGGUUCCUGGAGCUCUUCCUCCGGGAGAUGAGGCCACCUCUCCGGGAAAGCGACCCGCCGCCGAUGCGCCCCGUGACGGACCUAGUCUCCGAUGAGGAGGUGGAGGGGGAGUGCCUCGACCUGUGUCUCCAACACCUCUACAAAUAUAACUGUCCCUGCUCCCUGGCCUCCGCCCUGGCCCGGUCCACGGCCGACAGCGUCCUUCAGAACUACCUCACCACCCUGACCUACGUCAAGCCUGUGGAGGAGGAACUUGACGAGGACGCCCCCCCACCCCCGCCCUACCUGCCACAGGUGGACUCGGUGCAGCUGGCGCGGCUGGUGUUCAACAGGCUGUUUGAGGUGUGCGACGCGUGGAUGAAGGACUUCCCGUACCGCCGCCGCCCCUCGCCCUACUACGAGACCUCCAUCCACGCAAUCAAGAACAUGCGGCGCAAGAUGGAGGACAAGCAUGUCAUCAUCCCCGACUUCAACACCCUCUUCAACAUCCAGGACCAGGAGGAGCAGGCCUUCUUCGCGGUGUUCGACGGCCACGGCGGCCUCGACGCAGCGAUCUACGCGGCCAACCACCUGCACGUCAACCUGGUGCGCCACGAGUUCUUCAGGCAGGACCCCGUGGAGGCCCUGUUCCGGGCCUUCAGGACCACCGACGAGCGCUUCAUCAAGAAGGCCAAGCGCGAGAAGGUGCGCUGUGGCACCACGGGCGUGGUGACCUUCCUGCGGGGCCGGACCCUCUACGUGGCCUGGCUGGGCGACUCGCAGGUCAUGCUGGUGAAGAAGGGACAGGCGGUGGAGCUGAUGAAGCCUCACAAACCAGACCGCGAGGACGAGAAGCUGAGGAUAGAGGCUCUGGGCGGCUGUGUGAUCUGGUUUGGAACAUGGAGGGUGAACGGCAGCCUGUCUGUAUCCAGAGCCAUAGGUGACGCAGAGCACAAGCCGUACAUCUGCGGCGACCCCGACCACAGUGUCUUCCCCCUCGACGGCUCAGAGGACUACCUCAUCCUGGCCUGUGACGGCUUCUGGGACACGGUGAGCCCGGACGAGGCGGUGAGGGUGGUGAGCGACCACCUCCAGGAGAACACCGGCGACACCAGCAUGGUGGCCCACAAGCUGGUGGCCUCGGCCCGCGACGCCGGCUCCAGCGACAACAUCACCGUCAUCGUGGUGUUCUUGCGGGACCCCCGGAACCCCCCGGCCAGCAGCACCGAGGAGGAAGAGGAGGAGGCGGCGGCGCCGGCGGCUGAGGAAGGGCUGGAGGAGGAGGAGGAAGAGGACGAGGAGCAGGAAGAGGGGGAUUCGGUGAGGGGCGAGCGGGGCGGCGGCCAGGGAGGGAGCAACGCGGACGUCGGGGGGAAAGGCCGCGGCGGCUGGCCCCUGCAGCAGUGCUCUGCGCCCGCGGACCUGGGAUACGAGGACCGCAUGGACUCCUUCACGGACAGAACCAGCCUCAGCCUGCUGGGCCCGGCGGGCCCGGGGUGGACCUCCGUACCCCCCGUCUCGGACGGACAGCCCCCGGCCGGCCUCGUCUUCGCAUCGGAGGCGUGCUUCUCUCACGGGCGGGAGGAGCGCCCCCCGGGGCCGAGGGCACGGCCCGGACCCCGGCCCUGCGUCCCCGCCUGCCAGGAGCCCAUCUCCCCGGCCUCGUUGAACCCGCUGCCCUGCCGCCGGGCGGGGCCGCUGGGCCAGCCCAGGAGGCAGACCCGGAGGCGGCUGGGCGGCGGGCCCCGGAGGGGCGUCAGGGGCGCGGGCCGAGCCCAGCGGGAGCUGUCAGACCUGCAGCGAUCCUGCCGCAGUCUGCUCUCUCCCGACCGCUGCCCCGACCAGAGGCCCGGGGUGGCCCUGCCUCACUUACAUGACGCCCCCAUCUGA